AAAACAGUGGGCUGGGAUCUCUUAUAUAGUUGGCAUCUUAAUGGACGGAUGAGAGCUGCAGAAGCUCUUGGAAUUCCUCUAGAAAAACUACCUACCACAAAUAACCAUCUUGAAGGAAUGAAUGAAUACUUGAAAAACAAUCAAUUAAAUCGAUUUCAAAGAAACAGUCACCUUCUCAAAGCUGAUAUCCUCUAUAUUGCUCUUGU